GUGUAAAAUGUCGUCAAAGCGAAAAACUAUUGCUAUGCUGGAUUCCAGCUCUGGAUCGGACUCAGACCUUUCAGAAUCAGAGUUUCAGACCUUGGCCAAGAAGAGGAAGAAAUCUCCCCAGAAGAUGAAAAAGUCCAAGUCUGGGAGCGGUUCAUCUUCAGAUUCUGAUUCCGAGGUCGAGGAGGGUCAACAAAGAAGUAGCAGUGUUGAACCUGAGAAAGAGAAGGGUCCUGAGAAGAGUUCUGAUGUAGAGGACGGAGAGGUUUCAGACUCGGACUCAGAGAUUGGCGAGUUCGACGAUGGAUUGGACGAGGAAUUGAUGGGAGACGAUGAGGACAGGAGGAAGCUGGAGAUGAUGAACGAAAAGGAGAGAGAGGAGGAGAUCUUUAAGAGAGCUGAGAAGAGAGAACUGUUAAAGAAAAGAUACGAGAUUGAGAAGAAACUGAAGAUGCAGAAGAGAACCACGAAGGAGGAGGAGAAAUCGUUGAGUAAGGCACUUGACACUAAGGAGAGGAGCAGGGCGAGGAAGGAGGCUGUGGAGAACAAGAAGGAUAAGAAGACCCUGGCUCUUGAUGUGUUAAAAGCUAAAAGAAAGGAGAAACAAGAACAGCAACAAAAAAUUGAUGACAAGAAGAAACGAAAGGAAGAAGAAAGUGGAAAGGACGGAAAAAAGAAAUGGAAAGCAAAUGAUAUUUAUUCCUCGGACUCCAGUGACGAUGAAGUUGAACGGAACAGAUCCAGGUCUCCGGAGAAGAGAAGAUCUUCCUCAUCCUCCUCGUCUGCAUCCUCGGUGUCCUCGAGAUCACGUUCUCCAUCUCCGGAGAAGAAGAGGGAAACUAUUUCCGGAAUUGAAGACCUGGAGAAGAUAAGGAUAUCCCGGAGCAAGGUGGAACGUUGGUGCCAUCUUCCAUUCUUCAACGAGGUUAUCGUUGGAUGCUUUGUCAGAGUUGGUAUCGGAGAAAAUCGUGUAGGUUUGCCUCAAUAUAGAGUGUGUGAGGUGUUAAGUGUCGAGGAAGGACCUAAAGUAUAUAAACUAGGCAGCACUAGAACUAACAAAACCUUGAAACUUAGACACGCUCUUCAGGAACGAAUAUUCAGACUUGAGUUUGUCUCGAGUAAACCGUUCCUCGAAUCUGAGUUCAGAAUAUGGAAAGAAGAUACAAUGCUGGGAGGUCUGCCUCUCCCAACCCUGCAGCUAGUGGAGGACAAGAUUAAACACAUCAACAGGGUGAACAACAGGGCGGUUAACGACAAGGAUAUUGUUCACAUGGUGAGGGAGAAGGAGAGGUUCCAGGAGAACCCCAGGAACUACGCGAUGACGAAGAGCAGGAUCACUAAGGACAGGGAUGCUGCUGUGUGUGAAGGGAACCAUGAGCUGGCGGAGAAGCUGAACCAGAGACUGCUGGAGAUAGAGGAAAGAGCGGAGGAUCUAGACAGGAAGAGAAGUGAGAAGAUCAGCAGUAUUGCGCUCAUCAAUGAUAGAAACCGGAAGAAUAAUAUAAAGAAAGCGGAAGUGAAUAUAAAGGAAGAAAUGGAAAAGAAGAAACUUGAGGGAGAACGAAAGGAUCCGUUUACAAGGCGGAAAACUAAACCUAUGUUGGCUACAGCUGCUAUAAAGAAAGCGAUUAACCCUAAUUCUGAUAUCGUUCAGAACGUUGCGAAUACUGGUCUCAAACCUGAAACUAAACCGAGCCAAAAAGAUAUUUCCAAGACUGAAGAGAAGAAGGAAAAUCAACCGACUAACGAUCUUUUCGAUGCUCAUGAUUUCGAUAUCGAGAUCAACCUUGAUACGUUCACACCCAACAGCGCUAUCAAGGUCAGCCUCACCCCUGGAGUGAAUGUGAAGGAAAAUUUAGGUCCGAAAAAAAGUCUAAAUUUGGCGGAUUACAAGAAACAACGAGGUCUAAUUUGAACCUUGUCGCAGCAUGUUACCUAUGCGAUUACACCUUAGUACAACAACCUUUCAAUAAUUGUAAUUAAAUCAAUACUUUAUCAGUUUGUCCUUGAAUACAAAACUCCGGUUUCAGCUUGAGAUUAUCUCGAGUACAAUUGAUCAGUAUAAAUUCAAAGAAUCUUAAUUUUUGACAGUUAAAGUCCUUCUAGACCAUUUUUUAUGUUAAAUUCUAAUUUAACUCAUCUAGAUCAUUGUAAUAUUUGUUAAAUUCUAAUUUAACUCUCUUAAAAAUAUUGUCACGUUAUAGUUUAACGAAUAAAAAACUUAUACGAUA